GCAACAUACGCUAUGAAACACAACUGGCAACCACAGUAUACAGCAAACAUAAAACAAAUCCUGCUAAGACAAUUGUUCAAGCACACUCUGAUCUGUUGACAAGUCCCUUUAGGUCUGAUGAUUACGAAAACUUUGAACUGGGUCAAGAUGAGAAUACACGUCCAAAACUCAUUUUUGGGAAUACAGAUUUUGAAUAUACAAUGACAGACAGCGAUUCAUUAGCAUUCAUAAGUGUUGCAGGUCGCUCAGAUUCUUUUGUUUCAGUAGGACAAAGUCAACUCGAUUCAGAUUCACAUUUCAUAGGAACAUCUGAAGGCGACAAAAAGUCAGAUCAUGUUAUGAUAAAAGCGAAUACAUUCAAAUCAUUACAGAUGGACAAACCUCCUGAAAAUGAAGGACAUAUACAAAAACAUUCAUCUUUGCCUCAAUGUCAGAAAUACCCGCCAAAUCCUUCAUUUAAUUUUGGCAAAAAAGACCGAGUUCCGCCGUCUUCUGUACGAAGUAUUAAAUAUGAAGGUGUGGAAUCAUCGAAUUGUAUUUGUAGCAAACACGACGAAAAAAAUACGACAGAAACACCAGUGUUACACAAGGAAAAAGGUGAAAUAUAUUUCCAUCAGGCGUCUACGUAUUAUUCACAACAAACUAAAUCGGCAGAUACUACGAAAACAGAAAAGACACCACACAUAUUGAAUUUCGACUUAAGCAUAGACGACGAGGGGAUUUAUACCUAUGAGAACACCACGUUUUGCGAAAACAAAGAGCAAAAUAAAGCUUUUGUUAAUGAAAACGAAGCAAAAAGAGGCAGUAACAGCAGUACCGGUAGUACAUCUAGUUCUGGUAGUAGUGCGGAUAGUGUCACGUAUGAAAGCCCAGACGAGGGUGCACAUUAUGAAAAUAUGAUUAUCUUACGAGAAGAAGAAUAUCUUUGCGAAAGAGUGGAAGACGUUAAAAGGAAUCUUCAACACAAUCCAUCUGGAACAUUUCUAAUUUGCAUUUCCGGAUCCGUGCAGAAAUUGUGGUUCGUCACCGAUAAUGGACGCAGGUAUUUCAUCAUUCAGCGACAGGGGGAGAAACUAUCGCUUUACAAAAACUGUUCAAAGCCAGAAAACAUGUUUGAUAAUCUAAAACAAUUACUAUAUUUUUACCAUCUUAACGAUUUGCCUUCUAAAAGCUAUAAAUUGAAACUGAAACGAGCAUACAAAUCUGCCAAAAAAAAAUUAAGUAAAUUAGAAUAAGAGACUUCAAAGAGUCAACCUAUUAAUACAUGUAAACACAAACAAUAUAGGACAAAGUAAAUCUGACACCAGUUAAAACAGAUGUGUUCUUAAAGUUACAGAUACUAGGGCGAAAACUUAAACAUUAGUACAAAUUUGACAAAGAUAAUGAUAUAUUAAGAUAUAUGUUGUUAAUAAACAGAAAUUUGAAAAAUUACUAGUCGAAAAAUUAAAUAAUUCACUCUAGAUCUCAAGUAAAAGAUUACAAAAUAGAUCAAUAAAUUACGAAACGGAAAGUAUAUAACUACCAGGAAUUUAUAGCUUUAGCUACAGCGCUAAGUGUAACAACAAACAAACAGUGUAAAACUGUAUGAAGUGUAUGAAGUGAAAAUGACAUAUGAAAAUAAUGAUGAAAGUUGUUGUUUAUAUCGAGAGGUUGACAAUAAACUUAACAUAUAUUUGCUAAAUAGAGAUCGAUUGAAAAUCUAUUGAAUACUUCUUUAAUGUUUUGACCUUAUUAUUGUAGAAUAAUGUUAUAUAUUAUAUGUGUAAUUCACUGUCUCGUUAAAUAAACAUGCAUUCAUGAUGUGAUGCUGUAUUUUUCACUUGAUUCUUUUGAAAUACUUUUCGUAAAAUUAUUAUAUUUUCUUGGUUAUGUUAGGAAAAGCUUGUUUAAUUAUUGAAAUUUAGAUAUAUGUAAAUUAUCAGUUAGCCAGACCGCUGGCAUGUGUAUUGCAAUUCACGGGUCUGACACAUUUAUGUUUAUUUACAUCAUGAUAAAUAUCACUUAUAUUAUCUUAGACAUUUAUUUGAAGUUUUUUUAGUUUUCUUAUCUAAUUCUCUGUUUGACUUAAAGAAAGGAAUUAGCAUGCCGCUGGUUUUUGACAUCUAGCGUGUUAACCCAUUACUUCAUAAGCAUUUUGUGAAAAAUGGCUGUUUUCAUUAAAAAGUCUACCGUUACAAGUUCAAAUUGCUAUAAAACUGUAAAAACUGCUUCAAUACUAAUCAAACUUGUCACAAAUGUUGACUUUACCAUUGUCUUUGCAACAAUAUGCUCAGACUUAAAUUUCCUGUUACCAUGGCAACGAGGGGACAUCUAAAAAUUGCAAAAAAUCACUAUUUUGCGUUGAUUUUUUUCCAUCAAAAUUGAUUUCAAAGCGCUUUUACUUCUCAAUGGAUUGAGAUAGAGUCAAAUGCUUUUAAGAGUUGGUUACACGUUACCUUAUGAUACCUGUGGUCAUUUUUUGCCUCUCACAAGUCCAAAAUUUUACUUGCGAUGACGUUGACUGCCGCCCCUUCAAACCCCCCAAACAGAAGGGGGCACAUCCCCCUUCUGACAACCCUGAUGUAUCUUUUGGUUGGGAGCCGCGCCGAAAAGUGGUCACUUUUUUAACAACAUUUCUCAAAUGAAAACAUAUGUAUGGGUCCCAAUCAGGCCUUUUUUCCACUAUUUAAGGCCUUAAAGAGGGGGGGGGUGGGGGGUUUCGCGUAUAUAUGAGGUAAAGGGAUAAUCAGUCUAAAUCGAACCAUUCGAUAAUUUCACAACUGAUGAAUGGUAAUUUCAUUGGUGAAUAAUUUCUUGUUUAAAGGUCAUUUUUUCAUUGGUUAAUAAUUGAAACCUUUGUUAAUUAAAGAGACAGAACUUUUUGAGAUAUUAGCAAGUCAGACAGAAAACAUCUAAUUUUUUAAGUUUAAAGCUUUAGUGCCGCAGUUUUCUGUGAUACAAUUCAAUGUAUAUAUAUUGUUGUUUUCAACCGGUUGGAAUUAUUGUUUUAGAGAUGAAAAAAUAACUCUAUUAUAAAAACGGAAAAUGGACUUAUUGAGUUGUGUUUAUAAUAACUAAAGGAUUUUAAAUAAAUACUGAAAAUGAAUAAUUAUUGAAAGAUUAAACGGAAACCCCACCUCCCCAGUACCACCAAUAGACCUUCAUCACACAUGGUGGACCAACCCCAACAGAACCCGCACAACACAUGGCGAGUAUAUCGGUACCUCGAAUCAGCAGCCAAGCGAGUGAAGAUGUUAUGCUGUAUAUAUAUUCCCCACUUUUAGGAAACAGGAACAUUUGCAGCAAUAAUACUGGAAACACGAAUGCAAAACAAGUAGACGAAACUUUGGUUAAGAGAUUAUGACGCAUUGAUGAUUAAAAAAAAUUGUAAGUGAUUUGAGUGUGUGUGACUUAUCUAUUGUUACUGAAUUGGUGUAUAAACCUAGGAUACAUGUAUUUAGUUUCAUUUUUGUCUAAAGUGGUGGUUUGCUUGUGUUUUAGUGUCAUUGGUCGGAAUGAUUUUUCAUCAUAAUUUAAUGUGCCACAACGGUAUCCAGUAUAAAGUUUCAUGUGUUGAUAACUGCAUUAUGUUUGAUGUUUGAUGAUGAUACAUUAAAUUGUUGAAUAAGAAAAUAAAUAGUAUUUUAAGGUAUCGUCUAUAUAAUGCAUUCGUUUGCGAAUUGAUGUUGAACUAUUGUGUAUUCUGCAAAGGUGGAAUGUAUAUAUUCUAAAGACGGAAUACAAGUUCCUAAUCAUCGGAUAUUGAAAACACUUUUAAAUUUCAAUAAAUUAGCAUGUACUUUGUACACAUAAUUUGCAUUUUGAUAUGUAUACUUAUAGACUACAAUGUCUGGUUUUAUAUUGGUAUUUUAAAAUUUCAAAAAUAGCUUAUAUUAUGUCUUCUUACAUGCUGAGGUAUAGCUAUGUUAAAGUUGACUAUAUUAAAUGUAUUAAUAAAUAGAAAUUUGCGACUUCAUAAAUACUAAA